AUGCCGGGGAAAAUUGCACUGAAUCCCCUUCCUCCAGGCACGAAACAGCCUGGUCUAGCACAGUCACUGUUGUACAGUGGCAGUAAAUUCCAAGGUCAUCAAAAAAGUAAAGGGAAUCGAUACGACGUCGAAGUUGUAUUGAAGGUAAGUUCGCGUGAGCCGUGUCACGACUCGAAGGGAUAAUUUCCCGCCGUCCGCGUUUGUUACUUUGUGGUCUUAAAAUUUUAACGUAGUCUUCAAAUGAAUGAUUUUUAUGGUGUGUAUGUAAAUUUCUUUUAGCACGUUGACCAGGAGAAGGGUUUUCUCUGUGGAUAUCUGAAAAUAAAGGGCCUUACAGAUGUGAGUAAAAAUUUUGCCGAUGUUCUUGCGUUGUUAUUGUCUAGAUCGCUCUUGAAAUGUACUGAUCAACGUCUGUCCGCUUCAAUGAUCUUGACAGUUCAGCCGAAACUUGGAUUUAUUCGUCGUUUUUGAUUGAACUGAUUUCGUACCUGACUGAAUUAACCGUGUUAAAUUAUAUCAGAUAAUACAGUUACGUACAGAUGUUUUUUUUGCAUCAAAGACUCGUUGUUUUGUCUGAACGCUUCACAGUGCAAGUAUAUAGUCCAUCUAACAGUAGCAAAUGAUAAUAUUAUAAAAAUCUGCAGACGGGUGUUAAUGAUGUAGCGUUUUUUUUUCUCUUGAAACGCUGCAUCACUCCAUUACUUAAAUUUUAUUUACUUUUUGUCGCAUCAGGUUAAUGCUUUUGUUGUGCGCGAUUUUGUUAUGAUUUUCUUUCUAAUAGUUCUAAACAACAUUUGUAUAAAAGUAACCGGAAGUUUAUUCCUAUGCCUUAACUUUGUAGUUUAAGGCAAUGGAUUGAUACAGUUGUUUAAUCUUACCAGACAAACCCAUAUUGAAGGGAAACCACCAUAGUUAUACGAGUUGCAAGCCCCUAUUUAUAAUUCUGUAACUGAUUACAAAUUGCUUGUCUCUAGCACGUUAACAGCCUAAAGUGGGUAGUAUGUUCCUGAAAAUAUUUGUACAAUAGGCCACACUUUCUAUCAGUUUACCUGCAUAAUAAUGCAUGUUGGAUGUUGGGAGAACAAGAAAAUGUAAAUCACAGAUAAAUGACGAGCAAGAAGGGAAGGAAUUAACAAACUUUUUUAGUGUUCUCCCAACAUCCUAAUUGGGCAAUUAUGCUGGUAAACUGAUGGAAAGUGUGGUCUAUUGCUUUUAUAAAAUAUGCUUAGAAUGUUUCAGUUUUCUUUGGGUGUACUUUUGCAAUAAUUGAUUGGUUUUUGACCAAUCAGGGCAUGCAUAGUAUCUCAGCUAUACUAUGAAUAUAGUUUUAUAUCUGCAUUUAAAAGUGUAUAUUAAAUUUUUUUCUGGAGAAUAAGGAAAAGGUCUGUCUCAUUGACAGGUUUGUUUUUUUAUUGAUUACAGGAAUAUCCUAAUCUAACAACUUUUUUUGAUGGUGAGAUAAUUGGCGAUAAACACCCCUUCUUGACAAGGAAAUGGGUAAGGAAUUAUACAGCAUUAGGGUGUCAAAUACUAGUUUAUUAGAAGACACUGUUUUGCUCCCCCUUGUGACAUUUUGUGGCUUACUUUAGUUGGAAGCGCAAGCUGAAGAAGUCAUAACUAUUAGACCAGAUAGCAAGGUUGAUGAUAAACUGCGAGAACCUUUAGUUAAUUUGGUAACAAAUUUAUGUUUUGUCUCAUGAAAUGUUCUUUAUGAUGCAGUAUAGAUCCAGUCUUAAUUUGAAAUCAGACCCCAUAAUGUCAAAAUUAAUUUGUGUCAUAUUUUUUUGGCACAUUAUCAUGCUGUCAAUUUGUUGAACUAGAAAAUUGUGCUUAUUGAUUUUCUGUAGCUACCUCAAUAGUGGUGUCUUGACAACAGUUCAGCAUUUCUUUUUUUCUUCUAAAGAUGAAUUUAUAAUAAAUCAAGGUAAUUAUUUUGUUUUGUUUUGUUUUUUCUUUAUUAGGAUGCUGAUGAAGAUGUUGACAGAAAACACUGGGUAAAUAAUUUUUCUUUAUGGCAUCAACUUUUUCUGAAAGCAAAAGUAAAAAACCAGUUUCACUGUAUGUUUACCAAAUGUAUUAAACUUUGUACUGUUAACCACUCUCUUUUGUCUCUUAGGGUAAAUUUCUGGCAUUUUAUCAGUUUGCAAAAUCAUUCAACUCAGACAGUUUUGAUUACAGCCAACUGGACAAUCUAGACUUUGUUUUUAUGAGAUGGAAGGUAAGUCUUUCUAACAUUGUAUUUUCCAUUUCAGGCAGUGCCAUAUUCUUAACCUUGCUUAACCUCUUUGACCCUUAAGAGUGAAAAGCAUCUUAUUUUCUCCUUACAAUAUCACCCUGAAUCACUUAAUAUAUAGAUUUAACAAAAUAAAAGCGUUUCUGAUUGGUUUAAUUUCCAUGCCUAUGUUAAAUAAAUUAAAAAGUGCAAUAAAACUUAUAGAGUACUGGAGAAGUUGCCAUGGAAAAACCUAUCUACUGGCAAGUGAACACUUUAUUAUAAAAAAUUCUGACAGCAGGUUAUUUUGUCAAACCAAAACAUCGUUGAGCAACUUAAAGAAAAUGGAAAAACAAAAACACGUUGAAAGCUACACAGACCUGGUUAAAUGUCUGGCAAACAUGCCAUGACCAUAAGUAAACCCAAAAACUCUUGCCGGAAUAACUGAAAUUUAGCUUUUGAGUUCGGGCCCUAUUUUCUGUAUUUCAAGAACUUCACGCUUGAUUUACCUGUCACAACAUUUUUUUGAUUGGUUCAAAUAAAACAUGUGAGCAUUUUGGAACCAAUUGAAGGUUUUUUGUAGUAGGCAGUGACUUUUUUUGUCAAAAUAUAAUAAAUAAAAAAAUCAUGAAACCUGCUUGAUUGCAUUUAAGUGAUUUAACUCAUUCUUAUUCUUUGAAACUUCUUUUUGAGAAGGAUACAAUAUUUUAUAACAAAAAACCUUCAAAACAUCAGGUUGUGCCCAAAAAUCAAUUUGACUAUACUUUUAUAGCCAAUACCAGUCCCUUCAAAUGGUAAAGGUCAGGAGAAUAAAGUAAAUAAUCAAUAACUUGAAAAGCUCUUGAUUGACCAGAUUCUGCUUGUCAGUACCAUAGGAAAUAUGUAGAUAACAGUAUGGAGAAUAUCCAUUCUGAUGUUGGGGUAAAAUGGUUUAAACAGGUCCUAUAACCUUUCAAUUUUAUGACAAACCAAUUUUUUCCUUUGAUUUACAGGAACAUUUCUUAGUUCCAGAUCACACUAUCACAGACAUAACUGGAGCGUCAUUUGCAGGGUUUUAUUAUGUUUGUUUGCAAAAAUCAGCCGCCACCAUUGAGGGUUACUACUAUCACCGAAGCUCUGAAUGGUUAGUUCAACUUUUUUUGUACUCCUAUUGUGCUUGACAGUGUAUUUGCUCUUGCAUUUUGGACAAUGAAAAAACUGAAACACAACUUGUAAAAGCCUUUCAAAAAGAAGCUUUCUAUUUUUUAUUCCCAGAAAGUUUACUUUUAAGCCUCGACUUGAUUUUUCCAGACUCAUUUCCAAGCAUGUUUGUUCAUGGGUUUACAUAUUGCUUUAUUUUUGCUUGACUCUGUUCUGUGAUUGGUCCAGAUUAGCUGUGCCAUCCUUUGAACCAAUGAAAUGCAAAACUACAACUAAAUACAACUUGGUGGCUUCCAGCACUGUAGGCAGUUUGGUUGGUUUUACAUUGAGUUCUCAUUGCCCCAAAGAACAUUUUCGUUUCUUGUGAUUACUUUUGUUUUGGUUUUUCAACACUGUAUAAAUUGUAAGAUUACCUAAUUCCACCUUUCCUUCCUUUCCAGGUUUCAGUCCUUAAAUCUUGUCCAUGUUCCUGAUCACAGUCAACCCAUUUAUGAAUUCAGAUGAUAUUGAACAAGAAAACAAAUCUUUAUACUCUUAUAUGCUUCUUAAUGAAUAUUUUUAGACUUCCUCUGGCACUUCCAUGAUGAUAUUAUGAUAUAUGCUUGGUUUACAGCUCAAGUCAGACAAGCUUAGUAGAUAUUUUCCAUAAAAUCAAAAUAGUGUUUGAGGUUUUACAUUCAGCAUGCAUGGUGUCAUGUUGUAAAGAUUAUCGUCCAGUGACAAGUUAUUAUCACGAAGAGAUAAUGAUACCUUGGCAGGUGUUUGUUUUCUGUCUUGUUGCAAAUAGUUAUGGCAUACACAGCUACACAUAUAAUGUGAAUUAAAUUAUAUGCAGCUGUUGAAUUUGAUUACUUAAAUGAGAAGAUUGAUCAAGAAUGUUAUUUCUUUUAAUUAAUCAGCACUACUACUGCAUACAUUGUAGUGUAUUUCGAAGAAUAUUUGGAAUGAAAAGUCAAAAAUUGGUUGUGUUGUUGCCAUCUAUUCCUUUGUUUGGCACUUCUGUAUGGAGAAAGUUGAGUACAAACAAUCCUAGCUGUAACCUGGAACAUUCUCAGUACUCUGUAAUGUAUAUUUUCAGAGAUGUAUCAACAAAGUUCACAAUCAAUUUCAAAUUGCCAACUUGAUGACACCACAAGGGUAUGUUUGUCUCUAUAUUGUCAGAAAAAUGACCAAUUAAUUUAUGAUUUCCUUUUAUAGUUCUUAUUGACAAAUUGAUACCAUUAGGGGGAUAUGGAGUACUUUUACAGGGAGCUCCAACCAUAUCCAAAAGGGGAUUUUGUGCGCAUCUGGCUAAUAAAGUUAAAUCUAAUCAAAGUGUUUAACCCUUUUACUCCUAACAGUGAUUAACAUGUAACUUCUCCCUAUAAUAUCCAUACAUUGUCCACCAAACAUGAGGAUAUUCAAACUUAUCAGGUAGAGGUUGGUGGUUCUGAUUUAUCACCAAAUUCUUGGGACUUAUUUAUGAGGAAAUGUGUAGCAGCUAGAGAGGAGAAUUGAUAAUCAGAUCCUGGGAAUUAAAGGGGUUAAUGUGACCAAAAUCUCAUAGAUCUCUUUCUCUGUGUGUUGUUUUAUGUUUAUACUUAGCAAAGGAGUAUUAAACCUCUUUUUCAUGGUUUUAAUGGUUGAAAUAAUUGUUUUUAGAUUACUAAUAUUAAGAGCUACACAUACUGAGAAUUGAAAAGUUUUAAAUUAGCUUGAUGGCUCUUAGAAAUUGAAGUACCUUCUCGUGUUUCAGCAUGCUCUGUACAAUAAGCAUUAUUUGAGUUAAGAACGUCUGAACUUUGUCUUUGUACUGUAACAUGUGGGUAUCAACUUUUAUUUAUAUUCUAGUCCUUUUGAAUGUUAAGUGCUAAGUGAUGGUUGAAGUAUUACUAUAAAUUCAUCAAAAUUUGUGAUAUCCCCCAAUGAGUUGCAAAUAUAUUAAAAAUGCUACAGCCCUCCAUAGAGUAUAU